UAGACUGCGCAGGCGUGUCAGUGGCGUUUGCAGCGGACGGGGCUGGCAGUUCCUUCCUCGGAAGGAGAGAUUCCUUUGCCAUGGAGUCCUACGAUGUAAUCGCCAACCAGCCAGUAGUGAUCGACAACGGAUCUGGUGUAAUUAAAGCUGGUUUUGCUGGUGAUCAGAUUCCCAAAUACUGCUUUCCAAACUAUGUGGGCAGACCCAAGCAUGUUCGUGUCAUGGCUGGAGCCCUCGAAGGUGACAUCUUCAUCGGCCCCAAAGCUGAGGAGCACCGAGGGCUGCUGUCCAUCCGCUACCCGAUGGAGCACGGCAUUGUCAAGGACUGGAAUGACAUGGAGCGCAUCUGGCAGUACGUCUAUUCUAAGGACCAGCUGCAGACUUUCUCAGAGGAGCAUCCUGUGCUCUUGACGGAGGCACCUUUAAACCCACGGAAAAACCGGGAACGAGCUGCUGAAGUUUUCUUUGAGACCUUCAAUGUGCCUGCCCUUUUCAUCUCCAUGCAAGCUGUGCUCAGCCUUUACGCCACAGGCAGGACCACAGGAGUGGUGCUGGAUUCUGGGGAUGGUGUCACCCACGCCGUGCCCAUUUACGAGGGCUUUGCCAUGCCCCACUCAAUCAUGCGCAUCGACAUCGCUGGCCGAGACGUCUCUCGCUUCCUUCGCCUCUACCUACGUAAGGAGGGCUAUGAUUUCCACUCUUCCUCGGAAUUUGAGAUUGUCAAGGCCAUAAAAGAAAGAGCCUGCUACUUGUCCAUAAACCCCCAGAAGGAUGAAACACUAGAGACGGAGAAGGCUCAGUACUACCUGCCUGACGGCAGCACCAUUGAGAUUGGUCCUUCCCGGUUCCGGGCCCCUGAGCUCCUGUUCAGACCAGACCUGAUCGGCGAGGAGAGUGAAGGCAUCCACGAGGUGCUAGUGUUUGCCAUCCAGAAGUCUGACAUGGACCUGCGGCGCACACUUUUCUCUAACAUCGUCCUCUCAGGAGGCUCCACCCUGUUCAAAGGUUUCGGUGACAGACUACUGAGCGAGGUGAAGAAGCUGGCUCCGAAAGACGUGAAGAUCCGGAUAUCUGCACCUCAGGAGAGACUUUAUUCCACAUGGAUUGGGGGCUCUAUCCUUGCCUCCCUGGACACCUUUAAGAAGAUGUGGGUUUCCAAGAAGGAAUAUGAGGAAGAUGGUGCCCGAUCCAUCCACAGGAAAACCUUCUAAUGUUGGGACAGCAUCUUCACCUCUCUCUGAAGUUAACUUUAAAACUCGCUUUCUUGAGUCGGAAUGUUUGCGAGGAACUGCUUGUGUGUGUGAGUGUGUACGGGUGUGUGGAUGCGAGUGAGCGCACAGAUGCGAGUGCCGUGUGGCCCAGGGAUCCCAGGGCCCAGAAAGGACGAUGAACUAACCACAAUGGUGACGGCCCAAGGCCAGGGGUUGACCACUAACUGGCCCCUGACGGGGAGUGCUGGCAGAGGGCCCCACCCCCUCGUCAGCUGGGCCUUUGACUUGUGGGACGAUGUUUACUACCAUAGGAAGUCAGAGAGGGAGGUAACCCAACCCUGGGAGACCUUACUGCUGCCCAUCCUAGGCGGGGCCACCCCACCCUCACCCCACCCCAAAGGUGCCUGGGGCCCAAGGCAGCUGCAGUCUCCCCUUACUCAUUCUGCUCUUGCUGUCUCUUGAUCAUAGCUGAGGCCUGGGGCCGGGGUGCAGUUCUGUCUGGUCUUGUUGCAGUUUUGGUUUGGGAAGAUGGACAAGCACUCCAGGAGCUAUUACUGACUCCGGUCAGACGGCAGGCUACCUUCAGCCUUUCCUGGGGACAGGACCACAAAGGGCACUGGAGGGGGGCAGGCGUAGUGCCACUUUGGAAACCUGAGUUCAUGCCCCAGUCCCCACCCAGGCUCAAGGAGCCUCUUGGCUGCAGACCCCCUUCCUUGCUUUUCCUUUCUCCUUGGGCAAGGCCAUUUUCAGUUUUAUUUAUUGAAGUGUUUGUUCAGUUUGGGGACUGAGAGAGGGAGCUCACACUGCCUCCUGCUACAGUCGUCCCAUUCACACUAAUGUUUACAGCACCUAAGCUUAGCGCGGCACUCAAGGCCCGGCCACAUCCUGCUGAUGGCAGGCUGAGGGUCCCCACAGGCCUCGGGGCCGUCUGGGAUUCAGGCUGCAAUCAGUCACUCCAUUUCCCUCUUUGCUCUUCCACUAGCUCACUGCCCUGGACUCAGCAGGCUGGUCACUGGUUGGGUUUUUCUGAAGUAGGAGGUAGAACCACGCAUUGGCAGAGGCUCCUGGCAAAAGAGGAGUAUUGGGAACCCAGCCCCUUUAGGUCUAGAGAAAGCUGCAAUUAACCAAGUUGCCUUUACCCACUCCGGCUGAUGGAGGUGGGGAUGUGCAGAAGUUGUAACAACGAAAGGCCCCUCUGGGAUGAUUCUGUGCCAUCUUGACUUUGGACUUACUUAGAGAGGAAGGAGACCAGACCAUUGUCCCCGGAGCUGAGUGCCAAGGCCCAGGCUGAUCUCUGGUCUAGGUGCCUCCCCUGGACUAGGCUGGCCUAGCAGUGGCCCAAAGGCCCUUCCGCCCAGAUGGUGCAUGGCUGGGGCUAGAACAUCUUCACUGGCACCCUCACCUGUGACACCAAGACCCACCCCAUCCCCGCUUCCAUCAGUAUUCUCCCCAUGCCAUCCGAUGGCCAAAAGGUCCUGCUGGCUGUGGGCCACAGCAGGUGUGUGUGAAAGCGAUGUGGCAACCCGUGGACUGCAGUGUACUUAACCAGCUCACCUCCCUUCUUUUAGCCCAAGCUUGUCCCCUGCACAGCCUCACACAAACCACAUUGCCUGGUGGGGCCCCAUGUACUUAAAUAAAGUCGUUCCAAUACACACA